ACCCGUAUUUUAAAUCUCGGAAGUGUGGUUGUUUACGGAAUCUAGACGACUGCUAAAGCUCCAUAUAACGUUAGACAACAGCUUAACUAAGACAGUAUUUGUGCUGCCAAACCCAGCUUUAACUAAACACAAGGCAUAUGCAUGUUGAAUAUUGUUUUUUCAUGGUUUUGAUGAUUUCCUCUCGGAUAGUGGUCGUAAUCGGUAACGUUAAUGCUAACUGAAUCAAAACUAGUGCAGAUAGGUAGGUGGCUAACACCGACAGAUUUGCUGUGAUGGAAAUAAUUAAACGAUAGAUGUGGACAAAGAUAUAUGUGUACAGCAGUUGAACGUGAAUUACACUGAGAACCAUUUCUGAGAAAUUUACACAGUUAGCGUUAUUGACCAAUAAAUAUCACUGCUUUAAAAGUGGCAGUCGAAAGCUGCCUUCAUUUUUUUUACUAGAAAUAAUAGACUGUUCAGGGUUAUCACGAAUUUUUAGCACAAUGGCCGAGACUAUAGUAACGUUUCAGUCCCAACUUUCUGGUGUAAUGGAGACAGUGUUCAAGGCUGCCAUGUUUGAGAUCACCCGGCUGGUGGAGGAUAGUUUUUUGGAAGAGGUAACACGGUGCAGAGAGCAAGUCGAAUCUCUGAAGAGGCGACUGAAGUGGUCGGAGAACCGGAGGGAGGGAGACAGGAGGGGGAGAUGUGUUGAGUGCGGAAGAGUCGGUGUGUCCGUAGAGGGUAAAAACACAGCGACAGAGAAAAGUCUGAAACAAGAGAGACUGUUGCAAGAAGAGAUAAAUAGCUCUCAGACCACUGAUCCAGAUAGAACUGGUCAUGAAGGAGAGGAGGUAAAACCAGAGGUCCACAAUGCCUCAAAGGCAACACAGUGUCCAGGUGUACAAGGUGAAAAGCUGGAUAGACUGCUUAAGAAGGAAGCCCUUCGGUUCACGCCAGAAACAAAUGAGUCCCAAGAAAGAUGGGGAGUCAAUUUAGAUGAAACAAGUGCAUCAGGUCUGCCAGGGCCCAGUAAAUAUUUCAGUGUCCAGAGGAUCCCAAAAUGCCACGAGAACUGGGAAGCUAGCUUUAACCAGAGACCAGACCAAGAUGGACACUCGAGUGAUCCAUCUGAACCUCUUUUCCAAAGCAGGUAUGGCAUGGAAGACUUGGGUGGCUUUGACAAAACUAGCUAUGGAGACACCAGUAUGAUAGAAAUGGGUAAUUUGGAUGGUUUACAAGGGUCACCAUCCCACCUGGGUGAGGAUCUGAGUUACAUGGAGCCUUAUGAGGGGGAUGUGGAAGCACAUGAAGGAGCUGAGCAUCAAAUUUUCCAAACAGGGACCCUACAGAACAGAAGGGGUGCAGUUGGUUCACAUUUAGGCUCCCACUCAAGGACUGACAUUGAUGUAAGUGGAGAGUUAAGCUGUUUAUUGAUCAAUGAAGAAGGAUAUCUACAGGAUCCCAGUGUCUUAUACCCUGAACAUGUGUCUGGUCAAUCAGGCAGCAGAUUGACCUUCCGGGGCCAGGGCAUUUCAACUGACCCAUCUUUAGACACCACAGAAGACAUGUAUGGGCGUUCAGAUACAUACAGUGAUACCUUAAACCUGGGAGAGAGAUUGCAGAAUCAGGCAGGAGGGAGAGGAGGGAGGAGACACCCCUGUAACCAGUGUUCCUUGUCCUUCCUUGAUUCUGCCUCACUAAAAGCGCACAAGCAAACACACAAAGAUACCGGACCAGGACCCCCAUAUUCCUGUACCCAGUGUGGAAAGACCUUCACUCAGGCCUGUAACUUUAAAGUCCACCAGAGGAUUCACUCUGGGCAGGGGCUCCACCUCUGCAGCCAUUGCGGUAAAGGUUUUCCCUCCUUUUCUGACCUAAAGACACACAAAUGUGGCCAAACAGGUGACAAGCCUUACUGCUGCACUGUGUGCGGGAACAAGUUCAGCCGACUCUGGAAUCUGAAGUUGCACCGGAGAAUUCACACACAGGAAAAACCUCACCGGUGCACCAUGUGUGACAAGAGCUUCACGCGGGCGGACAUAUUGAAGGUUCACCAGCGCACACACACUGGGGAAAGACCAUAUUGCUGCGCUGUCUGUGGCCUGAGCUUCAAACGCCUUGAUCAUCUGAAAUCACAUCAACGCAAACACAUGACAGAUCUUUAAAACUAUGGAAGUCUGGGAAAAAAGUGUAUCAGAUAAUUUAGGAUUUGUUUGUAACAUUAGAAUUUUUACAAAUGAAUGUUUGUAUUUAUGAUCCAUGGUCCACCAAGAUCAUGAUGACCCGGAGUCAUUUUUUUCUCCAUUUCCAAAUCUUCUGGUUUUCAUUCAAGAACUUUUUAUCGGUAUGAAAAUUUAAGACACAUUUAUUGAGUUUGAGAAAAUAAGUGUUAUUUGUACCUAUUUAGUGCUAAAUAUUUUGUUACUGUAAAACAGGGCAUCUCAAAGUCCAGACUCCAGUCCAGAUCCAGAGCAGAUGGCAAGUCAGUUGGGAUCCAGUCCACACCUCGUAUUAGGAAUGCAAUAAU